CACCACCACACCUCCUCUGAGUGACCAUGGAUCCUGGAGCAGGGUCUGACACAUCUCUGACUGUCAACGAACAGGUCAUUGUGAUGUCUGGUCAUGAGACAAUCCGAGUAUUGGAAGUUGGAGUGGAUGCCCAGCUCCCAGCUGAAGAUGAAGGCAAAGGCCUGGAGACCGUGGCCGCUGAUACCUCCCAGAGUGGCGGCCCCACUGAGGCAGACAAGUCCACACAAGAAACAAGACCAGAAAAUCCAGACCCCUCUGCAGAGGCAACUGUGAAAUCACUGACCGGGAUCACACCCAGCCCUGUGCCCACUGCUGCCACCUUUAACCAAGUAUCCAACCAGCCUCCAGCACCACAGACCCUGACACCGCUGGCUGUACAAGCCACUCCCCAGGUCUUGACUCAGGAAAACUUAGCAACAGUUCUGACAGGAGUAAUGGUUCCAGCAGGAGCUGUUACUCAACCUCUUCUUAUCCCCAUCAGUAUUGCAGGUCAAGUGGCUGGUCAGCAGGGGCUGGCCGUGUGGACAAUUCCUACAGCAACCGUGGCUGCCCUCCCAGGACUGACCGCUGCUUCUCCCACGGGGGGGAUUUUCAAACCGCCUUUAGCUGGUUUGCAAGCGGCUGCUGUCCUGAACACCACUCUACCAGCUCCUGUGCAGCCUGCACCGCCCCUGCAGGUUUCCCCGCCUGUCCAGUCCCGGCCUCCUGCCGCCCAGCCCCAGACGCUGUUCCAGCCCCAGCCACUACUGCAGACCCCACCUGCCAUCCUGCCACAGCCUGCUGCCACCCCUGCCCCCAAGCCAGCAGACACUCCUUCGCAGAUCACAGUCCAACCUGCGGGCUUCGCAUUUAACCCAGGAAUUAUCAGUGCUGCCUCCCUUGGGGGACAGACCCAGAUCCUGGGUUCAUUGACCACCACCCCAGUGAUCGCCAAUGCCAUUCCCAGCGUGCCUGGGAUCACAAGCCAGAUCUUGACCAACGCACAAGGGCAGGUCAUUGGAACGCUUCCAUGGGUGGUAAACUCAGCCAGCAUAGCAGCCCCAGCUCCAGCACAGAAUCUGCAGGUCCAAGCUGUGACCCCUCAGCUACUACUGAACGCCCAGGGCCAAGUGAUUGCUACACUGGCCAGCAGCCCUCUUCCCCCUGCAGCAGUCCGGAAGCCCAGUACCCCAGAGUCACCCGCCAAGAGUGAGGUGCAACCCAUCCAGCCCACACCAGCUGUGUCCCAGCCAGCUGUGGUCAUCACCAGCCCAGCCCCAGCGGCCAAGCCUUCUGCUUCUGCUCCUAUCCCUAUUACCUGUUCAGAGACUCCUACUGUCAGUCAGCUGGUGUCUAAGCCCCAAGCCCCAAGUCUGGAUGAAGAUGGGAUAAACUUAGAAGAGAUCCGGGAGUUUGCGAAGAACUUUAAGAUCCGGCGGCUCUCCUUGGGCCUUACCCAGACUCAGGUGGGCCAGGCUUUGACUGCCACAGAAGGACCUGCCUAUAGCCAGUCAGCAAUAUGCCGGUUUGAGAAGUUAGACAUCACCCCUAAGAGUGCCCAGAAGCUGAAACCUGUCCUGGAGAAGUGGCUGAACGAGGCAGAGCUUCGAAACCAGGAAGGUCAGCAGAACCUGAUGGAGUUUGUAGGUGGAGAGCCUUCCAAGAAACGGAAACGGCGCACGUCCUUCACCCCACAGGCCAUUGAGGCCCUUAAUGCCUACUUCGAAAAGAACCCUCUGCCCACUGGUCAGGAGAUCACGGAGAUCGCUAAGGAGCUCAACUAUGACCGAGAAGUUGUGAGGGUCUGGUUCUGCAAUCGACGCCAGACACUUAAGAACACCAGCAAGCUGAAUGUCUUUCAGAUUCCCUAGGGGCUUAGUGGAGAGGACCACUCCCCUCCCCGAGGGCCUGCGUUUUAGCACUUUGUAUUCUUUCCCUGGCACCCAGCCUGCAACUGCCACUCCCUGAGUGCUGCAGCCAGCCCUUCACUUGGUGUAGCUGCAUUAAUCCUGGGUCAUGGUACCCCACAGUGGGCUGCAUGCAUGUCUGAUGCCCAGCUCCUCCCUCCACCUGUGCUCCACGGCAGGGAGAGGGAAGAGGGGCAGCUCUGAGGGACCCAGGUUCUUGGUGGAGGAGCCAAACCAGAGGAACUAAUGAUCUCUGGAGAAAAGCACUUUGCAAAAGUGGUUUUAAGGGGGGAAUUCUAGUUAGGAAUCCAAAUGCCUGCCCCUAGGAGGGGUUAGCAAGUCCAAGGGGACACUGACCAUUACACUCUUGUUUUCUAUGACAUCCUCUGUCCAGCCCCCGCUUCUCCUUUAGGUCCCUCUGUGGCUGUGUACAGAGAAGGCACAGCUUCAUUCAGCCUCCUGACCCUGUCAGGUGCCAGGCCUGUCCCUUUUCAAGGAUCCAUGAGGAAGGAAUAAAUGAAGCUUGGGGUGCUGUUCAGGAGAUGGGUUCCCAGAACCAUGUCCCUGAAUGCUGAACCCCUUUGUCAUAUGUCUGCUACCACUCCCUUAUCCUUCCCAUCCCUACCCUUGUUCCUUUGGAAACAAAUUGCACUAACGCAGAUUCCUUUAUUCCAUGGUUCUAAUGGGAGGAGAAAAUAUUGAUUACUAGGCCCCUAGCUGCCCAUGCCUUCAGUGGAACAGAGGUCCUGGGUCAUUCUAGGGACCAACCAACCUCCCAGACUUGUAUAUAUUGUCAGUCCCUGGCCUUUCCUUCAAUCCUUCCACCUUCAACACGUAAGGAGAGAAUUGUGCUUGGGCUGAGCUUGGUCUGGAAAACCCCACUGCCCAAGCAGUAAACUUUGGAGAAAAUGA